AAGAGCUCCCCUGGUGGAAUAUUCCUCUGAUUAAGUAGAUUCUGAAAGUAAAAUUGUGAAAUGGAAUAAUUUAAAGACAUGGUUGGUUAAACUAUUAUACUGAUAUGAAUAUUCAUCAACAGAUUUAUGAUAGUGAAUAGAAUAUAGAAAUUUAUUACAGUGACCCCAGAUCAAGGUCAAGAAGAUAACAAUCUUUCAUUAAUCAUAUUAUAUAUCAAGACAAUCAGAGACUCUAGAGUAAACCUUCAUACACAAUGGAGGCUUUAAAAACCACAGCUUGUUCGGAAAUAGAUAAACAAUCUUCAGUGUUAAAUGAACUGAGCCAAGAUAUCUGGAACCACCCUGAGUUGUGUUUUGAGGAACACCAUGCCCAUGCUAAACUUACAGACUUCCUGGAGAAAUCAGGAUUCGAUGUGGAACGGAGUUAUAAAUUACCAACAGCCUUCAAAGCAACUUUUAAAAAAGGUUCUGGACCAAACGUAGCUGUUUUGUGUGAAUAUGACGCUCUGCCUGGUAUUGGUCAUGCAUGUGGACAUAAUUUAAUCGCUGAGUGUGGUAUAGCUACAUCCCUGGGGGUCAAGGCUGCCAUGAAAUCUUCUGAUAAAGAUUUUGGAACUUUGACUGUGAUAGGAACACCGGCUGAGGAAGGUGGAGGAGGUAAAAUAGAAUUAAUCAAUGCUGGUGUUUUUAAAGAUGUUGAUUUUUCUAUGAUGGCUCACCCAUCUAAAUUUACGUUAUCCAGACCUAUCUAUGUAACAAUGAACAUUGUGACGAUUAAGUACCAUGGUAAAACAUCUCAUGCUGCUGGGUUUCCCUGGGAAGGAGUUAAUGCCCUUGAUGCAGCUGUCCUGUGUUAUCAGAAUAUUUCCGUGCUACGACAACAGAUGAAGCCAACCUGGAGAGUACAUGGUGUAAUAACAAAAGGAGGAGAGAAACCCAAUAUAAUUCCAGAUUACACUGAACUCUUAUAUUAUAUUAGAGCACCAUCUAACACUGAGAUAACAGUUUUAAACAGUAAAAUAGACGCUUGUAUCCAGGCUGCUGCUACUGCCACUGGCUGUACGGUAAUCGAAACGAAAUAUUCAGACAAACCUUAUUCUUCACUCCUUUCUAAUAACACGUUGGCAUCACUGUUUGAAUCUAACGCUACCCAAGUCGGAGUGAAGUUUGAUACAGACCCUGCUAUAGUCAAUAAACACGGUGGAUCAACCGAUAUGGGGAACGUCUCACACACAGUGCCUAGUCUUCAUCCUAAAUUUGAUAUCGGUACCACUGCUGUUAAUCAUACCCACGAAUUUACAACAGCUUCUGGUUCGUUGACAGCCCAAGGUUAUACUCUAUCUGUAGCUAAAGGUUUAGCUAUGACAAGUUUAGAUGUUUUACUGAGUCCAGUAUUAUUACAACAGAUGAAAGAUGAUUUUAAAAACAACGUCUGCAAAUAG